GGUAAAACGGGCCUUCAUUAAACCAUUUUGGUACGGAAGCGAAAAUAGCCGUGGCUGUGUCUGAAUCGUCCAAAAUGAAUGUUCCCCAUGUCACGGCCAUGUUUAUACCUUCACUAAUCACUGUAUUUCUGCCGGAAUAAGGUUGCUCAGCCAUGUCUAGGGCGGCGCAAUUCAGCUAUAUUACUCUCAACUUCCAUCUUACACCUAAACUGUCCGCAUUUUCCCGCCAAUUUAAUGUGAAUGGCAGUGGCAAAUUCUACUCCGGCUUCACUGAUAUCACCCAUCUCAGACGUAAACAAAAAUUGCUGUCCGUAGUUUGUAAUAAUUCUGCUCCUCCUCCUUCUUCUUCUUCUGAUAUAAGGUUGAGUAGGCUGACGUGUAUUAUUGCUAGCCUGAUGAAGCAUCAAAUUAUACACGAUUCUGUGGCCAAGAUAAGAAGUGAAGUUCUUUCUCCCUUUCGGUCUGUUCGGAUGUUCUUCUAUCUUGCUUUUAUUGCAAGCGGUGGUCUUGGAGGACUUAUUGCCUCUACACGACUAAUUGCUGCAUUAGCCAAUUCAUCAGGAACUACUGAAGUUCCGGAGAUCCUAAAAGGCCUCGCCAUAGACCUAGGCGCAGUCUCCAUAUUUGCGUUUCUGUAUUAUAGAGAGAGUAUAGCGAAAAAUGCUCAGGUGGCAAGAUUAGCAAGAGAGGAAAAUCUCUCAAAUCUUAAGCUUCGUGUGGAUGAGAAAAAAAUUGUUCCUAUUAGUGCUUUCAGAGGAAUUGCUCGUUUGGUCAUCCUUGCUGGCCCUUCGGCUUUCAUUUCAGAAUGUUUCAAACUCAGUGCACCAUUUACUGAUGGCCUUCUUGAAAGAGGGGUGCUUGUGAUCCCUUUUGCAACAGAUGGAAUUUCUCCUAAUUUUGAGUUUGAAGAGAAUGAAGAACUUGAGGAGAAAAUUUCCAGAAGAAAAAAGCUAUGGCAGCUUGCUCCUAUUUAUGCCACUGAGUGGACCAAGUGGAUAGAUGAACAAAUGAAACUAGCCAGCGUCUCUCCUGAAUCUCCAGUGUAUUUAUCUCUACGCCUGGAUGGUCGUGUGCGUGGCAGUGGUGUUGGUUAUCCUCCUUGGAAUGCUUUCGUAGUGCAAUUGCCACCAGUAAAGGGCAUUUGGUCUGGUCUUCUUGAUGGCAUGGAUGGAAGAGUGCUUUAAGAAUUGAGAUCAGAUAUUCUCUUUUCUCUUUUUAGUUUUUGAAGAACUAUAUUAUAUUAUGUUGACAAUAUACUUCUUUUUCCUCUUCAAUAUAUAAUCGUAGCAUUCACCAA